CAGAAAAGGAAGUGCAUGAAUCUCAUUAUCUCACUCCCACAAGAGCUAGCAUCAAGAGUGGAACUGUUUCUCUGUAGCUGCUGGACCAAUAGGGAAUAUUGGAAAGACGCCAGGCUGAUUGUAAACUACUUACUCUACUGCACUGAGUGCUGAGCAAAAGAUAUCACCUUCCAUUGUCUGUGAUGACUGAAUCCCACGAGAAAUACGUGGUAACCAACUGUCUGAAAAUAGCCUAUGAUUCGCUACGUGUCCUGGGGCGGUUUGUGCAGGGAAGUCACUUGUCACCGUACAAAGAGUUCUUCGAGAAGCUGCUGGAUAGGAAGCUUGACGGGGAAGUUCCUAACUCCGAGGUAGAAGCGUAUUACUUGAAUAGGCUAACUGAGAGCGACUUUGUGAAUGCCGCAGAGAGCCGAGUGUUUGCAGGGAACUAUGGAGACUCCGACCUCAUUGCACGUCUCCUAUCCGCUGUGUGGGACAUUGAGUUAGCCACGCCCACCCGUUCUAGCCUCUGCACGGGAAGCAACUCAGAAUCUAGUCGUCAGCUCUGGGAGAUAUUCAUACGGUUGGACACAGAGAGUCAGCUAGCAGUGCACAUCGAAGAUGUUUGCGACCUGGUUCUCCGGAUCUUCAAGUCCAAUGGCCACAUAGAGGAGCCGGAGAUGGUUCAGGGGUGGUUCAACAAUCAGCAGACAGUCCAGUUCUGGCCGUUUUUUGAAAUCAUGGCGGAGAACUAUAAGCAGUAUCUGCAAACCCCAGCGGUGACUGAGCUCUACACAAUGAUCUCCACAGAGAUGAUUAAGGACGGAAAGCUUUCAAAAAAGGGACACAUUGUACCCAACUGGAAGGGGAGAUGGUUUGCACUCACAGCCAGGUCUCUCACAUACAGGGAAGGAAAGGACACACCCAUUUUGAAGACGAUAGUGAUUAACGAGAAGUCUCAAGUGCAGAAUAUGCCAAACACCAAAGGUCACCUGUUCAGGUUCAGAAUUCUUGAUGGAGUAUCUACCACACCCACUGAGAUAUCGGCCACAGAUGAGUUUACCAUGAGAGAGUGGAUGGCCUUCAUCAGACUAGCUAUCAAGAUGCACCAAAUUGAAGGCCGGAAUUUUCUUCAUAAGUAUCGAUUAGCAAUCAGCUCAUUUCCCAAGUCCUUCUUCAGCCAGGCGUCCGCCAUACCCUUGUUCACAGCUGCUCCCUCCCUACCCCAAGCUAAGAAGAGCAACACCGACCCCUCUCACAAGGGGCUAAGGAGUAGCCAGUCUGUUCCACUGGCCAGCGCUACCUACAAUGGUCGGUCUUCUGAAAAGACACUACCCAUUAUUGAGCAAGAAUUGGAUCCUACUUAUGAUUUCGCAGACAGUGCGUUAGGCAAUGAACCUCCCCCCAUCCCACAUCAACAGUUUGACUCCGAGUGUGACAUGAGCCCUCCUGGCGGUCACUCCCAUUUGAGAAGAAAAAGCUCUUUGGACUCUUCAGAAAUUGAUCAUAUUCAGGUGGACGGUGAUCUGGAAUAUGCUGUUGUUACUAAGGUUAUUAAAAAAAAGAAAAAUAUCAGUGUUCCAGAAAUGGCUACUAAUUAUGCGGAAAACCCUAUGCCUCCUGCGCCACCACACAGAACAUCUUCUCCUAUUAUCAGUACCAAGUCUAAGUCUAUGGACGCCCCCUUACCACCUCUGCCACCCACAAUCGCACCACAUGCCUCUACACCUCCAGCAAUCCCACUGCACACCUCCACAUCUGCACAUCCCUUGGCCAACACUCCACAACUACCCCCUCCAAGACGAUCUCCUCCUGGUAUCUCGAAGAACACUCCCUUCCUCGAUAUUACAAGCUCUGCCCCACUCUCUCAAUCUCCACACUCCUCCCCCACACCUCAACGCAAAGGUUAUGCCGAGCUGCAGUUUGAAAAUGGGAACUUAAAUACCUCGAAAACGUCACCUAUCCCAGAAAGACGACAUCAGCCAGAUGUUCCAAACAAGUUUAGCUAUUCAAAACUUCAAUUCGAAGGAGACAAAGAAAAAGAAAAGGAGUUGGAGAGUGGUGAAGUCAGCAAGAAAGGUAAGAAACCACCCCCUCCUCCAAGAUAUCAGGGAAAUAUGAUGAAAAAUCUGACCGAAUCAAACCUACAAAAGGCUGAAAAUAGAGGACGUUCUAAACCCACCUCCCUACCCGAUAUUAAAGCUGGUCAACAAAAUUUGGACUACGCUGAAGUAGUUUUCUCGAAUAAAACUGCCGUUUCUCCAUUAGUAUCUCGACGUAUUCUUGGCGCACCUAGCGAUGAUCCUCCCCCAGGCAAUCAAAUGACACCUACAUCAGUUGGAACAGUUGAAUAUGCUACCGUCAUUUUAACACCAAAGGUAGAGGUGAGAACGACAAAGAACGACAAAGACAAACCUCGACCAGAUGGUUAUGAAAACUUCGACUUUAAUCCAAUUUUGCAAAAGGAAAAGGAUUCUGGCUAUGCGAAUUUCGACUUUAGCCCCAGUCCUUCUGCGGGACGGGAUAGUUCUAACCUUACCCAAGGUCCAACAGUGGUUGGUUCUGCCAGACUCAUAAGACCAGACCAUCCACAACCCAAGCCACAACCCAAGCCUAGAGCAUCUCCACGGAAAGCAAUCUCAGCUGAAGACAAAGGACCAGUGCCACCAGCGAGAAAAACUAACGGCAGCCUCGCAAACACUGACUCUUAUUAGUUGUGGGUAUUGUGUGUACUUACAUGACCGUGUGUGUAUACGACAUAGUAAUAAUUAUUUGCAAAGUUCAUGUUAUUGUACGUGUGUAUCUCAUUUUAUGCUGCGGUGUAUAUAGUAUUCUUUUUAUUUUUGCAUUG